UGCUUGGGUUGUCCAGAGUCUUGGGAGCGAUUGAUAGCUGGCCCAGCCCUACCAGACUACCACCACUAGCAUGUAAACGAGGAUCCGUAGAUAUCGCGUAGAUGUUAUAGCCGGACGCUUCCAUCAUUCUAUGUAUAUAACACCCUUACCAGGGCCGGUCUCUAUCCUUUCAAGCGCGUCAGCAGUAAAGCGAGCCUCCAAUUAGCUACCCCUGCUUGAUUAUAUCAUACCCAGGAAAUAGUUCCGACCCAGAUCCAUCGAGCAUAAACUCUAAUAUAUUAGUGACCUCCGUCCCAUCCCAUCGCGAAGUCACGGAGACAAAGCUCCUUCGUUUCCAUACAUACCCAUAUCAUCCAUCGUCUACCGAAGAUGGACGAGGACCACGGCCCCUCGCAGAUCGUGCCGCAGGCGCCUGCACGACGGAGUUUCGGGGAUAGACUCCAGGGGGUAAAGAAGACGUUCUUAACGCGCGACGGACUCUUCGGCGACUACGAUUAUGCCUUUCUCUUCCGCCCGAACCUCCCGUUCCUGCGCAAGUCGCGCAAGGUGUCGCCGUUCUUCGGGCUCAAUGAUAAAUUGCCCGUGUUCUUGGCCCUAUUGCUAGGCUUCCAGCAUGCGCUCGCCAUGCUUGCGGGCGUCAUCACGCCCCCUCUCAUCCUGUCUGGCGCGGGUGGUGUGAAUCUCGGGACGGGACUACAGCAGUACCUCGUCUCGACGGCUUUGAUCGUGUCUGGUAUUCUGUCUAUGAUUCAGAUCACGAGGUUUCAUAUUCGGGGAACACCGUACUACAUUGGCACAGGCCUCAUCUCCGUCGUUGGCGUAUCAUUCACCGUGAUCCCCGUAGCCCAAAAGGCAUUCGACCAGAUGUAUGCCAACGGGUUCUGUCCCGUAGCCUCAGACGGCACGCGACUGCCCUGUCCCGACGCUUACGGCGCCCUCCUGGGCACCGCAGCCGUCGCAGCGCUCCUCGAGAUCCUCCUCGCCUUCGUCCCGCCCAGGAUCAUCCUGAAAGUCUUCCCGCCUCUCGUCACGGGCCCUACCGUCAUGCUCAUCGGCAUCAGCCUCAUCGAAUCCGGCUUCAAGAACUGGCUGGGCGGCAGCGGACCCUGCUCCGACGCCACGCACACGGCCUUCUUCGACAAAUGCCCCGACAUCACCGCGCCGCACGCGCUGCCCUGGGGCUCGGCCGAGUAUCUCGGUCUAGGCUUCUCCGUGUUCAUCACCAUCAUCCUCUGCGAGCGCUUCGGCUCGCCGAUCAUGAAAUCCACCAGCGUCAUCAUCGGUCUCCUGACGGGGAUCAUCAUCGCCGCCGCCACGGGCUAUUUCUCCCGCAGCGGCAUCGACCAAGCGCCCGUGGCAUCCUUCAUAUGGGUGCACACGUUCCGACUGACCGUGUACGCGCCCCUCGUGCUCCCCAUGCUCACCGUGUUCAUCAUCUGCGCGUGCGAGGCCAUCGGCGACAUCACGGCGUCGUGCGACGUCUCGCGCAUCGAGGUCGACGGCCCCGUCUACGAGACCCGGAUCCAGGGCGGCGUCCUCGCGGACGGGAUCAACGGCGUGCUCGCCGCGCUGGCCACGAUGACCCCCAUGACUACGUUCGCGCAGAAUAACGGCGUUAUCGCGCUCACGCGAUGCGCGAAUCGGACGGCGGGGUAUUGCUGCUGCAUAUUUCUCAUCCUCGGCGGCAUCUUCGCCAAAUUCGCCGCCGCCCUCGUCGCGAUCCCGUCCGCGGUCCUAGGCGGCAUGACGACGUUCCUAUUCACAUCGGUCGCGGUCUCAGGCAUGGCAAUCAUAUGCCGGGGCGCGCCCUUCACGCGGCGCAACCGCUUCAUUCUCGCCGCGGGUCUAUCGCUGGGCUACGGCGCGACUCUCGUGCCGAACUACUUCUCCUCGGUGUUCACCUACGAGGGCGACAACAGGAGCCUCCGGGGCUUUCUGGACGCCAUCGAGAUCUUCGUGGAGACGGGGUUCGCCGUCACGGCUCUCGUGACCAUCAUCCUGAACCUGACCCUGCCGGAAGAAAUCGAGGAGACGGAGGAGCAGGCUCUCGCUUCGGAUAAUAACCCUGUCGUCCUCAAGGACGACGGGCCGCUGAAUCAUCAUAGUAUGGAUAGUGAUAAAAUGGCUUGAUUAAAUACAGUAAGAAAAAGGGAGGUUAUUGUUACGUAAUAGCUUAUAUGAUGUAUGCAUAUGCACUGCGGUUGUUUUUAGCAAUGAAUGAAAAAAAGCUUAACGGUAUGACACAUAAAUAGAAUUAGCCUGGGUGAUGGUGAAUAUGGUACAAUCGUGUUAAAUCUGAUCUGUGGUCCUGAUGCUUAAUGUUAAUUCAGUCCUUAGUUAUAGAGUUAUAGCAAAGGGAUCACAGAGUGAAGCUCGAUAAUGA